GAGCCAGCGCGCGGGCAGCGUCCCGCGGCGGCGCGGUGCGUCAAGCGCCAGGCCAGUCCUACCCAGGCAAAGAUGGCUCGGAAGCGCACGGCGGGCAGGGAGCCGCAGGGACGCGAGUUGCGCGGCCAGAUGGCCGCGGGCAGGGAGCCGCGGGGACGUGAGUCACGCGGCCAGACUGCCAAGGGCGAGAGGAAAGCCAGGCGCGAGGAGAAGGAGGCGGAUGUCUUCGAAGAUGAGAAACCUCUAAAGAAGAGCCGUCUCUCAAAAGUUUCACGAGGAAAGAGGAAGAGGGGCUACGGUGAUUCUGGGGGCCCAGCAGAUGGUCCAGCAAGAAAGAAAGCGGCCAAAGUGACUGUUAAAUCCGAAAACCCUCAGGUUAUUAAGGAUGAAGCCCUCAGUGAUGGGGAAGAUUUCAGGGACUUCCCGAGUGCCCCCAAGAAGGUGCACCGUCCAGAGAAAGAGGCUGCUGUGGACAAAGGUGGGGGUGAAGGGGACGACGAGGAAGAGAGUGAGGAGGACUGGGAAGAGGUAGAAGAAGUUAGUGAGCCCAUGCCGGGUGACGUGGGGGAAAGCUCAGCCUUGUCUACAUCUGCUCUGCCCGUGAAGCCUGUGGAGAUAGAAAUUGAAACACCGGAGCAGUUGAAGGCAAGAGAAAGAAGUGAAAAGAUAAAAAUGGAGCUUGAGACAUAUCUUCGGAGGAUGGUGAAACGUUUCAAUAAGGAAGUCCGUGAGGACACACACAAGGUUCACCUUCUGUGUCUGCUGGCAAAUGGCUUCUAUCGAAAUAGCAUCUGCAACCAGCCAGAUCUGCGUGCCAUCGGCCUCUCCAUCGUCCCAACUCGCUUUACCAAAGUGCCACCUCAAGACGUGGACGUCAGCUACCUGUCAAACCUGGUGAAAUGGUUCAUUGGAACAUUUACAGUUAAUGCAGACCUUUCAACCAAUGAGCAGGAUGGCCUGCAGACGACGCUGGAGAGAAGGUUUGCUAUUUACUCUGCGAGAGACAAUGAAGAGUUGGUCCACAUAUUUUUACUGAUUCUCCGGGCCCUGCAUCUCCCUACCCGACUCGUACUGUCUCUACAGCCAAUUCCUCUGAAGUUAUCAGCAGCGAAGGGAAAGAAACCUUCCAAGGAGAGAUCCACAGAGGGUCCUGGAGGCUCCUCAGAAACUUCCAGCCAAGUUCCUGGAAAACCAAGCAAACCAGAGACCAGCAGAGGAAGCAGACGAGAGGACACGUCUUCUGAGGGCGCUGGCAGUGCACGUGCCAAAGGGAAGGGGAGCAAGGCGGCUGCCAUCAGGAAGAAGCGGAGAGAGCCCUCCUCCAGCAGGGAAGAAGAGGGCAAGGCCGGGGGGCAGACGGAGGGGACCCAGAGGCGUUCGCGGGGCCGGGAGCGGCGGGCGGCCGCCAGGGUGUCUUACAAAGAAGAGAGCGGGAGUGACGAGGCCGGCAGCGGCUCUGACUUUGAGCUCUCCAGCUCGGACAGCCAUCGCCCAUCCGACGAGGAUUCUGAGCCAGGCCUUUCAAGGCAGAGGAGGGCCACCGCCCCUCAGAGGAUGAAGGUGGGGUCCAAGAGGGAGUCCAGGUCCCAGCGUGGAAGCCAGCCUCAGCCCCCUGGCUUUCCAGAAGCGUCUGUAAGCGCUUCCGGCAGUAAGCGUAAGAGAGGCAAGCGUACGAUGCCCGUGGAUGGUGAGGAGGCAGACGGCCGGAGAGCAGCUGGUGUGGACCAGUGGCUGGAGGUGUUCUCCGAGCGGGAGGAGAAGUGGCUGUGCGUGGACUGUGUGCACGGAGUCGUGGGCCAGCCCCUGACCUGCUACCAGCACGCCACCAAGCCUGUGACCUACAUCGUGGGCAUCGACGGCGACGGCUGGGUGCGCGACGUCACACAGAGGUACGACCCUGCCUGGAUGACGGCGACCCGAAAGUGCCGGGUUGACGCCGCGUGGUGGGCCGAGGCCCUGCGACCCUACCGGAGCCCGCUGGUGGCGAGGGAGCAGAGGGAGGACCAGGAGUUUCAGGCGAGGCACCUGGACCAGCCUCUGCCCACCGUCAUAGGCACGUACAAGAACCACCCUCUGUAUGCCCUCAAGAGGCACCUCCUCAAGUACGAGGCCAUCUACCCUGAGACGGCUGCCAUCCUCGGGUACUGCCGCGGAGAGGCUGUCUACUCCAGGGACUGCGUGCACACCCUGCACUCCAGGGACACGUGGCUGAAACAGGCCCGAGUGGUGAGGCUUGGAGAAGUGCCCUACAAGGUUGUAAAAGGCUAUUCCAACCGGGCCCGGAGAGCCCGCCUGGCUGAGCCGCAGCUGCAGGACUACAAUGACCUGGGCCUGUUUGGCAAGUGGCAGACCGAGCAGUACCAGCCGCCGGUGGCCGUGGACGGGAAGGUCCCCCGGAAUGAAUUUGGGAACGUGUACCUCUUCCUGCCCGGCAUGAUGCCUGUCGGCUGCGUCCAGCUGAACCUGCCCAACCUGCACCGCGUGGCCCGAAAGCUGAACAUUGACUGUGCCCAGGCUGUUACGGGCUUCGAUUUCCACAAAGGCUACUCCCAUCCCAUAACCGACGGCUACAUAGUCUGUGAGGAAUAUAAAGAUGUGCUCCUGACCGCCUGGGAGAACGAGCAGGCGCUCAUUGAGAAGAAGGAGAAGGAGAAAAGGGAGAAGCGUGCUCUGGGGAACUGGAAGCUGCUGGUCAAAGGGCUGCUCAUCCGGGAGCGGCUGAGGCUUCGCUACGGGGCUCAGGUCAGGGUGGUCCUUGGUGGUCCUGUCCACGUUGAGAAAGGUGUCCUGGAGUCAGGCCUCGGCUGCUCUGCCACCCCCGCCCUGUCUGCACGAGAGGGUGCCCGCUAUGGGUUGGAUCUGGUGCUGAGCCCACUCGGGGGGGACAGGUGUCUGCAUCUCCUGGCCUUGUGCUGCCCCUGGGGCUGUGACCAUCCCCAGGCCCACAGGUGCUCCUUCAGGUCCCUCUCGCAGCCCCUGCGGGCUCCCAUGGGGCACAGAGGCCCCCCGGACACAGUCACGUGGAGUGGUCAGAGACGCACAGACACGCUCUGGGGGCAGCUGCGACCCCACGCACAGCUCUCCCUGCCCUCCCCAGCCCGUCCUCGCAGCAGUGGGCACCGAGCGCUGGUGCUGUGCAUUCGUGCACUUGUUCUGUUCAGAAACGAGGAAGAAAAUGCAGUUACCUCCUGGAUUGCUCGUAGCUCCUCGAGGGCAGUUUUGUGUCCCCAGCCCUGUGUGCACAGCAAGCGCUCUAGGACCUGCUGGGCUGAGCCCUGUCCUCCGGGUCACGGCUCAGCGCUGUUGGGGCAUCGCUGCCUCUUGACGCGGCUUCCUCCACUGUCCCCCCCAGAGCGAGGAAGCCACUCCCCACGCAGACGCAGGCGGAGGACUCUCUUCAGACGAGGAGGAGGGGACCAGCUCUCCCGCGGAAGCGGCCAGGAUCCUGGCGGCCUCCUGGCCCCAAAACCGAGAGGUAGAGGAGAAGCGGAAGUGCCCCCGGAAGAGCAGGAGGGAGGAGAAGGAGGCAGCUUCCCACCUGUUCCCGUUUGAGAAGCUGUGAUAUGAGUGGUCACCUCCUCGGUGGCUCAGCCGUGCCCCAGACCUUGCUCCCGGAUAGAUCCCUCCUGCGUGCGACACUCGUGCUGUUGCAGAUUCGGGCCCCUUCUCUGCCGGCGCCUCGUUGCCCUCGGUCAGGUCCCUGACGCCGCCUGACACCGUGGGGGGAGAGCACGUCAGUGCAGGCUGUCUCAGGGUGACACGGCUGGACCUACUUUCCCAGGUAACACUUCGUGGUGGCAGAAGACUAGAACAAAGAGCUAAAGUCAGGAAAGAAAAGGAAAAACGAGAAUUAAAGAAAUGUCAGGAAGAGUGGAUCAAUGUUAACCUAGAUUUUAUUCAUUACUGGAUACAUUUAUAAAGCCCUAUAUGCACUGUAGAUAUUUAGGAGAAAUAACUUUUAUAACAUUUUGAGGAAAAAAA